AUGCCAAGAAAAAAGGAUAACAAUAAAAAUGAAAAUGAAAAGGAGACAAAUAUUUUCUUUUAUAAAAAGAGGAAGAAAACGAAAAAAGAAUUGAAACCAUCUUUAUGUUGUUCAUUUAAAUUGUACAACUUAAGAAGAGAUAAUGAUUUGGGCUCUUAUUUUAAUUUUGAUAAAUUUCCAAAAAAUGUAUUAAUUUGCAGAAAAUGUGUUUUUUCAUAUUUUGAAGUUAAUGUAGUUGCAAAUAUAAUUUAUAUGAGACAUGGGGCUAGAGCCCCCAAAAAAAAAAUUAAAAAUAUAUGGCCAUUUGUAGAAGAUAAAGGGGAUUUAACUUUUCUUGGGUUUGAACAAUCGAUAAGAAUUGGGAAAUAUUUAAGGAAAUAUUAUUAUAGUUUAAAUAAAUUAAAUAAGAAAUAUAAUAAAAAAUAUAGACAUAUAAGGAAUGAUAAAGUUUUUAAAUUUUUUAAAUGGAACAAAGAACACCAAAUUAAAGAGAUGAUAAAUGAUUUUAUUUGUGUAAAGAAAAAAAUGAACACUACAGAAAGACCAUUGUUUGUAGAUGACCAGACAAGAGAGAAUUCUCUUCUUUUGAAUUACAUAAAUCAUUUAUAUUUUCAUAAAAAACAUUUGAUAAAAAAAAAAUUAAAAAAUUAUGAUAUAAAAAAAAAGAAAAGAACAUAUGAUAUGUUUAUAAAAGUUAUAAAUAAAUAUUUGUCUAUUCGCACAACAGAUAGUGAACGGUGCAAAUUAACAGCCUAUGCAAUUAUUUGUGGUAUUUUAGGCAUAAAUAAAAAUAUAUAUAUGAGUUUUUUUCUCUUAAAAUAUAUAAAUAAAAUUGAUUUUUUUCAAAACUCAUGGAAAAUAUUUAAAAUUUUUAACGAAGAGACAUUUAACAAUUGUCUUCAUAAUGAUAUUUGGAAUACAUGGAGGAAUAAAAAUAAAGAGGGGUUAGAAAAAUGCUUGAUAAAAAACCAUCAUUUUAUUAUUAGUGAUAAUACUGAAGAGACAAUAAAAUUUGAUUGUAAAUUAUGUUACUAUAAAAAAAAAUGUAGAUACACAAAAAUGAUAGAAAGAUACGAUUUGUUUAUGUACAUAAUUAAUUACAUAAACUUUUAUGUUAAUAUAUUUUUUUAUUUUAUAAAAAUAUUAUAUAUCUUAUAUUCAAUUGUUAAAGUUGCGGAAAGAGAUACAAUUAUGCUAGCAACAUUGAAAUCGACAAAUAACUACAUUAAAAUGUUAAAAAAUUUUAUUUUUGAAAAUUCUGAUAUUUAUAAGGUUUUAAAUAAUUAUUACAAAAGUGAAAUAGCUAUCGUUUACUAUCUAACAAAAUGGAAAUCAAAUUAUAUUUGUAGAUUCAGCUUAUUGCUAAACAAUAAAUAUAAUAAUUAUUCAAACAAAGGAAAAGCCAAAAAAAUGGGUCAUAAACCUUUUCAAAUUGUUCAAAAUGAAAAAGACAACAAAAUAGAUAUUAUACACAAUAAAAUUUUUACAAUUUUAAAAAAAUGGAAUUCUACUAUGUAUAUAUUAAAGAAAAAAAUAAAUAAAUCUAUAAUUUUGAAUGAUCUAAAAAAAAUUAAUUAUUCAUCAGAUUAUAUAAAAAAUUAUUUACACUUGCCAAUUUUAGCUAAUUUGAAAAAUGAAAAUAUGAAUGUUCAUAAAAUAAAACCUCGUCAAAUAAAUUCUAUAUCAUAUCGGUGUAAUGAAAAUGAUAAGAUGGAAUUAUAUAAUUACAAAUAUCAUAUUUUUAAAAGAAAACAAAAAAGUGUAAAAAUAAUUAAACAGUUUGUAAGCUCAUAUGAUGCCUAUUUAUAUCACAAUAUUAAUAUUAUAUUUGAUAUUAAAAAGGGAUAUGAGAAAUUUUCUUCUCAAUCUAAUAAUGUGUGUAAUCUAGCUAAUAAUGAUUUGAAAUCAAAAAAAAUAAAUUGUAAUAAAAUGUUGGCUAGCACAAGCCCAUUGACCAUUCAUAAUAGUAAUAGUAUUAAUAAAAAUAAUGAAAGCACAAUUUUAACUAUAGACAAUAAUAAAGAAGUAAAUGAUUUUUAUGAUUCACCAUUGUUUUUAAAAGUUUGUGAAAAUCACAAGUUGAAUAAAUAUUGUAGAAAUUGCUCAGCUAGCUUUAUUACCUCAAAUAGCCAAAUAGAUUUUCAAAGUUUUGUUCAGAAAAAAAAAGAAAAAAAAAAAAAAAUUUUUUUUCAGAAAAUAUAUGAAUGCUAUAAAUGGAUUAGCAAAUUUGAAUAUAAUAAUAGAUAUUUGUCUUGGCUAUGCAGUGGUUUGCCUUUAAUUGAUGUUGUUAUUAAUUUUUUAAUAAGUGUAAGACUAUUUGAAAGACUUGAAAAAAAAAAGUAUACCCCCAAAAUAAUAUUAUACUUAACUCACCAAUCAGCUAUUUUGUCAUUUCAAUCCUGUAUAGGUAUAAAAAAAAAAUAUAUGAAAAUACCACCAUUUGCUGGAUUUAUAUCUUUAGAAUUAAUACACAUAAAAACGAAAACCCUUAACAAUGAUCAAAUAAUAUUACAUUCAAAUUUCCCGGAUUCUUAUCAUAAAAAUAAUAUCUUAAAUUUUAUAUGCAAUAAUAAUAUUAUCAACAUAUUUUGUUGUAAAAAAGAUUGUGUGUGGAAAAAAAAAAUAUAUAUGGCUAGCAAAAAACGAAAACGAAUUCGAGAAAUAAAAAAGAAUACUAAAUUAGACAAUUAUAAAAAUAUUUUCAAAGUUCAAGGUAACAAAAUUCAGGAUUUUAAAAAAUUAUUUUUUCUUUUGUGUAAAGAAAAUACCGAUAUAAAUCAUAUGAUUCAAUUUUAUGAUGAAUGCUUAAAAAAUAAUUAUAAAAACAUUCGAAGUUCUAAUUUAAAAAAUUAUGAUAAUAUUAAGGGUAAAGAAAAAAAGAGAAAUUUUCAUGGCUUUUUUGUUAAAUUCACUUUUAAUAAUUUUUCCCCUUUAAAACUUGAAAAAAAAAGUAUAUUUACUAAGAAAAGUUCAAACAUAAAUGGUAACCAAAUUAUGAAAGACAUACAUGACUCUAAUCAAAAUGACAUUUUAAGCCCAGAAAAAUUUACAUAUUUAGAGAAUGCCCCAAAAAAUAAUUAUAAUAAAUAUAGAAAACUUAACAAAAUUAUAAAAAUACUUCAAAACGAUCAUGCUAAUUUGGAAAGCCCACAUGAUAAGUACAUGGAUUAUGUAUAUAAUAGUAAUAGUGGCAUUUAUCGAAACAUUUAUUCGAAAUUAAAUAAAGCACAUUCUCAAAAAGUCACUGCGAAAAAAUCCAUCCAUUUUGACAACAAAAUUGUGUCUCAAAAAUAUAAGAGGAGACAAAAUAAAAAUAAUUUAAAAGCAAAGAGCAAAAAUAAAUAUUGGAGUCAAUAUAAUUAUUUCAAAUCGAGGUACAAAUUUGUCAAAAAGAGAAAUGUGUUAAUAUCCCAAAAUUUUAAAAUCAGACAAAGUCACAAAUUUUAUAUUUUUCAAAAUAAAAAUGUCGACUCGGCUGACCAAAAUGAUGGUGUAACGGGGUACCGAUUUAAAGAUCCGAGAAAAAAAGGUGCAUUAAAAAUGUUUAAUAAAUGGAUAAAAAAAAAACAUUAUAAAAAUAAAACAAACACACAAUACGUGAAUGAUAAUAUCAUUUGCUUAGAUUGUCUAGUCACGUAUUUAAAAAAAAUGAUAAGGGUUUAUGGUAACCCUGAAAUGGUAUGA